AUGGAACAACAUCACGAUGAUGAUCCCAUGAGCGAAGCACUCUCACUCAAUGCAAUGGAAACGGAUUUAAACGAAUUGAAUCUCGAGGAUUUAAUUACUCUAUUCGAAAAGAGUGAGAAUGAUCCGAACUUACAACCCGAACUUGUAAUUGAAUUAAUAGCAGUAAUUGGUGAUAGAUAUGAAUCCGAAAAUAAUAAACAGAAGGAAUUUGAAUGGAGACUUAAAGGAGCUGAGAAAGGAUGUCCUGAAUUUCAAUCAAUUGUUGGAAGGAUGUAUGAUGAUGGUAAUGGAGUGGAAGAGAAUGUGGAAAAAGCUUUUUAUUGGCUCAAAAAAGCUGCCGAAGGUGAAGAAUUGGAUUCUCAGAUACUUCUUGGGUGGUUUUAUGAAAGUGGAAGAGGAGUUGAAGAAAAUCAAGAGAUGGCAUUAUAUUGGUAUAAAAAAGCAGCUGAUAAUGGAUCUGUGGAUGCAAUUUAUAGAUGUGGAAAUGUUUAUUACAUGGGUGAUGAUUAUUCAAAUGCAUUGAGUUGGUUUUGGAAAGGAAAUGCAUUAGGUGAUGCUCAAUCAAUGGAAAAAAUUGGAUUAAUGUAUAGACAUGGCUUUGGAUUAAAACGAGAUUUGAAGAAAGCAUUCGAAUAUUUUGAAAAUUCUGCUGACUUGGGAUGUAUUGAUGGAAUUUUCAGAGUUGGUUAUGCUUUCCACAGUGGUGAGGGUGUUAAAUUGGAUUAUUCAGAGGCAAUGGAAUAUUAUUUGGAUGCUGCAGAGAUGGGAGAUGCCUUGGCAAAAAAUAAUAUUGCAGACAUGUAUUUGAAAGGUCAAGGAGUUCAACAAAAUUUCCAAACAGCUCUCAAGUGGAUCAAAGAAGCGAUGGAACAAGGUAAUUUCGAUAGUAUUGCAACCUAUGGAGAAAUGCUUUGUAAUGGAAAUGGUGUGGAACAAGAUUACAAUAAGGCAUUUGACCAUUUUAAAAGAUCAUCAGAUAGUGGAUAUUGUGAAUUUGCACAUUUUCUGCUUGGAAGGAUGUAUGAGAAUGGAUGGGGUUGUGAAAAGGAUAUCAAUAAGGCUUACGUAUUAUAUUUGAGAGGUGCCAAAGAAGGAGAUGCUGAUGCCAUCACUAGAUUGGAAACUCCAUUCAAGAAAGCGUUAUUUACGAAAUCGUCCCCUCUAUUUGAUACAGUGAUAUUAACGGUGGAUGAAGAUAGGUCUAAAAUAAUUUAAGUAUUGGAGAGCGAGAAAAAGUGAGAAAAAGAAACAACAAUCAUUCCAAGUAACAUUGCUGAUAACAACACAUGAAAGAUAUAGAAAUUAGAUAAAAAGUUACCACAUUCAAUUUUGUAUUGGAAUAAG